GAUUGUUACAUAUAAAUAACCUGGUGAAAAUCAGAAUAAUUCAGUGUAGUGCCGUCAUAACAAAAAUGCGUACCUUCAUCAUUUUACUCUUGGGGCUUGCUGCUGUGUCAGCAUACCCUAAGAAAAUCCAAAGAAUCGUUGGAGGUUCCGUGACUAGCAUUAACCAGUACCCCGAGAUGGCAUCGCUGCUAUUCUCUCAGGGAACAGGCAGCCUCUACAGACAGGCGUGCGGAGGCACCAUCCUCAGUUUCCGAUCCAUCCUCACAGCCGCCCUCUGUACCAUUGGACAUGCCCCAAUAAGAUGGCGCGCCCGAGUUGGAUCCACCUUUGCGAACAGCGGCGGCUUUGUGCUCGACACCCAAACAAUCACCAACCACCCGAACUACAACGGCUGGAUACUAGACAACAACCUGUCCAUCAUCCGAACCUUUCGUGACAUCCCCAUUGGGAAUAAUAGCACCGUGCAAUUUGCCAGCAUCGCUGGUGCCAACUACCAACUUGCUGACAACCAAGUCGUCUGGGCUACGGGAUGGGGUGCCACUUCUCAAGGAGGAUCGUCGUCUGAAGAACUGCGCCACGUGCAAAUCUGGACUAUCAACCAGGCCAUUUGCCGACAGCGCUACGCUACCACGGGUGACACCAUCACUGACAACAUGCUGUGCGCUGGUUGGCUCGACGUGGGCGGUCGCGGCCCGUGCCAGGGCGACACUGGUGGACCGCUGUUCCACAACGGGGUCGUCGUCGGCGUCGGAUCCUGGGGCCGUGGUUGCGGUCAACCCUUCUUCCCUGGUGUCUACACCCGCGUGUCUCGGUACACCAACUGGCUUUCAUGGGCUUAAGAUGUAAUACAUACUCGCUAAUUUCUAGAAUUUUAUGUUUUAUUUAGGGCUGAUUUUUCAAUCGUCAGAUAUUUUUUAACUGAAGAAUAACCUUGUCAUUUUGACAUAUUUCCCGUACUAAAACUGUCAAUGUGCCAAACUUAUUCUUCAGUUAAAAGUUAUCCGGUUGAAAAAUCAGCCCUUAAGCUUCAAGAUCAUAGGCCAAUGACAGGGCGCGCGGACUGAUCAUGGUCGCGCGACCUGUUGCAAGACUAACGCCCGUAUUCACAAAUAUUACUAUGAGGUCUCACAGUGCGCUUGAACGCACAGGGUGACACACGGACCAAUCACAGAGCUCUAUUCAAUGCUGUGCGUUCAAUUUGAUGCUUCAAAUAGGCAAGCAUCGUUUGUGAAUACGGACGUAGGUAAUGUACCUACGUACUACGUACGAUUGAAUUCUAGUUCGAAUGUGCCCAUUAUUCACUGCGGUAUCAGUACUCAACGUUCGAAUAAUCUUAGUACUACGCAAGCGCAAGCAAUGUAAACUGUCAUCAUUGCUGUCACGAGCAAUGUGGUCUGUUUUUGGGCAUAUUGAUGCGACACCGGCCCCGUCCCCUUGUCACAUCUCCCUUUAAAGCCCGGUCCGUGAGCACGUAGAAUUUUGUCCAAUGACCCCUAGCUACCCAUCCUUAUCGCUCGCGCGUAAUUAUAUUGCUGUCGCGACUGUGCGACUGGCACCCGCAGUGAGUGUGCGAGCGCGAUAGCAACAUAAUUACGCGCGAGCGAUAAGGAUGGGUGUUCCACAACGGGGUCGUCGUUGGCGUCAGCUCCUGGGGCCGUGGUUGCGGUCAACCCUUCUUCCCUGGUGUCUACACCCGCGUGUCUCGGUACACCAACUGGCUUUCAUGGGCUUAAGAUGUAAUACAUACUCGCUAAUUUCUAGAAUU